GGCUCUGCGGCUCUCAUGGCUUCUCCAGGAUCCCGCUGGUGCAGAAAUGAUGACUAAUGGAGAAGAGUUUGCUGUAGAGCCUAAAAACAAAAUGAAACGUCAUAGAGAACAAAAGAGUCCACCUUCAUCUAAGAGAAGCGAGAGCAUGGCUGUGCUGUCAAUGAAAGAGGAAGAAUUCCACGUUGGGGCCUCAGCCAUGUCAGUGGAGGAUGUUGAUCCAAAAGUCACAGCAAUGUCUGCGUUGGAAAUGAUGUCGACAAAGAUACCAUUAAGAUCCAAUGAAACCAGUGUUGAUAUAAAACAGCAAUUAAGGAAGGAAAUUCGACAGUUUGGACGAAAAUAUGAAGGAAUCUUCAAAUUGCUUGAAGGAGUGCAAAGUCCUCUAAAAGCAAGGAAAGAAAUGGUUGAAUUUGCCAUCAAGGAAGCAGCAAGAUUUAAAAGAAGACACUUAAUUCAGUACCUUGAGAAGAUACUAGAAGAAAUAUAUUCUGACCAGUUUUCAACGGAUAAUCAGAUCCUAAAUACAUAAUUCUAUUAUCAAAACAACCAAUGAGAAACAAGAAUCGAUUGCUGUGUUGUAGAA